UUUAAAAACUUAAGUUUUAGUAAUCUGUGCACCGCUGGUCUUUUCGUGCAGUUUGGAAUCUAAUUUUUAUUCUGAUUUAUUUACUUUCAACAAAGACACUAAAGUUAGAUUAAAACACACAUAAAUCCUACAAUUUGAGAUAUGGCAGCGCAGUUGUUUAACCGUAUUGGCCAGGUUGGCUUGGGUGUGGCGUUAGUUGGUGGAGUAGUGAACUCUGCAUUAUACAAUGUUGAUGGAGGUCACAGAGCUGUCAUCUUCGAUAGAUUUGCUGGUGUCAAGAACCUCGUAGUGGGAGAAGGCACCCACUUCUUCAUCCCCUGGGUGCAAAAGCCCAUCAUUUUUGACAUCCGAUCCAGACCCAGAAAUGUGCCAACCGUGACUGGUAGCAAAGAUCUUCAGAAUGUGAACAUCACCCUCCGUAUCCUAUUCAGACCUGUACCUGAUCAGCUGCCCAGAAUCUACACCAUUCUGGGCAUUGACUAUGAUGAAAGAGUUCUUCCAUCAAUCACAUCUGAAGUUUUAAAAGCAGUAGUAGCACAGUUUGAUGCUGGAGAACUUAUCACACAGAGAGAGGUUGUUUCACAAAAAGUGAACGAAAGUCUGACGGAGAGAGCAGGCCAGUUCGGUUUGAUUUUAGAUGACAUUUCAAUUACACAUCUGACUUUCGGCAAGGAGUUCACACAGGCUGUAGAGUUGAAACAAGUGGCACAGCAGGAAGCCGAAAAAGCGAGAUUCCUUGUAGAGAAAGCCGAACAACAGAAAAAAGCCGCCGUUAUCGCAGCUGAGGGUGACGCCCAGGCUGCAGUCUUACUUGCCAAGUCAUUCGGUCAGGCUGGUGAAGGUUUAGUCGAGCUGCGUCGUAUUGAAGCCGCAGAGGACAUCGCCUACCAACUAUCGAAGUCUCGCAAUGUUACUUACCUACCACAAGGCCAAAAUGUUCUCUUAAACCUCCCAACUCAAAACUAAGUUUGAAAUCAUCUCUAUGAAGUUGACACAACUUCGCAGCAGUGUUCUAAGGUUACAAGGGUUGGUUGGUUGGUCUGUACAAUUGCAUUUGUAUUUACUUACACAAAAUAAUAUUUAAGUAUGUUGCAUUUUGAGAGACUAAUGCUGGUUCCACCAAUAGGUUGUAGUCAUUAAUUUAGU